AUGCACCUUCCUGAUGAACUUCUCCUCGAAAUUCUGUCGUACAUGCCGCGAGGAGCGCAGUCCCAGUCGACUCUUGCCUCUUUCUGUCUUGUAUCUAGGCAGUGGUACGAUGUAGGAAUCCGCCGGCUCUACGAUUCACCCUACCUUGAAGGAAAGCACUUCGAGCUUUUCGUUCGAACGAUCUGUCCAUCGAUUAACGCACACAUACGGAAGAGUGAGCUGGCGGGGCUGGUUAAGAUGCUCGAUCUGUCUCACAUUGUCCAUCAGGGCAACAAGGCCAUCACGGCAAGACUGCUAGGACGGACGAAGAACAAUUUGGAGGUCUUCAUUGCACCGCAGGCUUCGUUCGCGAUCAACUGCUGGGCUGCCUUGUCGAAAUGCACGAAACUUCAGAUCCUCAACUUGACUCUCGUGUCCGAGUGCAUUUCGUAUCAAGCGCUCAACCAAACCGUGCGGCAGCUGCCGGAGCUUACCGAAAUAUACCUCCCCCGCUGCUCGAACGGCUAUGACGGCGGGUCCAUGUCCAUGAACGUGAAAUGGCCCCCCAUGCUCCGCCACCUCCAACUCUCCGGCCAUGUUCAUGAGAAGUUUCUGGGCGAUAUCAACCGGCAGCCGAAUAGCUUCCCGCCAACCAUGACGUCCCUAUCGAUAUCUCAUUGCCCUAGACUUGGCGCUGCUGACGUGCAGAACUUGCUUCGAAAUCUCUCCAACAAAUUACUCCAUGUAGAACUGCGCGAUCUCCCAUACGUCAAACAGGGCAGGCUGAAUAAUGUGAUGGAAUGGGUUCCGGACUUGAAAUCCUUGACCAUUGCAAUCGAUUACAUCGACGUCAAUUUCGGGAGCAUGCCGCAGGGGUUCUCGCCAGAUAUGUGGGAGCACGCCAAGCCGCUAGAGAGCUUGACACUAGUCACGAGCGGGUCAAGAGAUGUUGAUGGACAAACGAGCUUCAUGCCGGUCGAUCUUUUCGAGUUAAUGGAUCAACGGUUUCUAGGCAGGCUGCGUUACAUCGCCGUUGCGAAGAGCACGGGCUGGCAGAGAGAAGAGGAGGGGGCGGAGGUCGAUGCACUGGAGCUUCUUCUAGAACAGUUAGAUCAGGAGAAUUGGCAGAAGCGGAGGUGGCAUUACAAAGGUCUUGAGGUUCCAGUAGAUUGCGGCAUUGGUUAUCGAUUUUGGUGUCAGACCGCCCAAGGGAAGAUGAUGAGGUCGAGGUUAAGGAUGCUUAGACAGCAAUAG